UGCGCUUUGCAUCUUACCACGAUGUCAUCUGUGUUACUCUACCUUCCCACCGAAAUAUGGCAUGGAAUCGCGGGUUUCCUACCCAAGAACGAUGUCGUACGACUAUCUAACGCCAACUCUCAUUUUACAUCGAUACUCCGCCCUCUUUUCUACCGCAAGGUGUUCCUCUGUCAAGUUUACUACCAACCUACCGGGUCAAUCGAUGAACUAAAGACACGAAGCGACAUCGAUGCUACUCUCGCUUUACUUGCUCGUGACGGAGACUUGGCUGGAGCGGUGUCUAAUCUUUCCCUCCUUGCAACUAACGAACGGUUGGAGGAACACCCUUCUCUGAUCAAGGCGAUGAGGAAUAUGACUGGACUGAAGCGACUGGAACUCGAAUCGAACGGGAUAUUUAACCAAGCAGAUGAUCUUGACAACGUGAAUGAUACGGUCUGCGAUGUCCUUCACGGGAUGUCAGGCUUGGAGGAUUUUGUGCUACGCAGCAGUCCUGCUGGUUUCUCUUCCCAAAGUGGUUUAUCCGUUUCUCAUCUAGAGAAAAUCCAGAAUUUGAAAAGAGUGGAGUGGGAAAGCCUCAGCAGCGAUGUGUCAUCACUACAUUCAUUGCUAUCAGUAUCUCUCAGCUCACUCAGCACACUCCAUAUCACCCUAUUUGCUUGGAUCCAUGAAAUACAGACUCGCUUGUUUAGUCUCCGCUUUCCUCAGCUGGAAUCCCUCACUCUCCGAGAUCGCACAGCGGGUGAUCCGCUUGGCGAGCUUUUCGUGACUUUCCUCAUCGCUCAUGAUCAGCUUACUCACCUCGAUCUUGGAUACCUCAGGCGUUCAAGGCAACGCAGCUCAGCCUUAACGUUGGACGGCAUUCCACUCAAUACCUUUCGAGCCAACGCAUCACCGCUUGCUCUUCCGAGAUUGAAAAGCUUUUGUGGCGAUGUAUCAUCAUUCAAAUUACUGGCGCAGACAGGAUUAAACUGCCUCCUAACCACUCUGGAAAGGGUCUACCUAAAUUCCGGUGUUCACAGACCUGAGCUCUUCUGGCACGAAAUCACCCAAAUGUGCUUGGCGAUUGGACGACUGAAGUUCCAGACACGGGGUCGGAUAGAACAUGCAUUCAGCGCGCUCAAAGAGUUUGGGCUGUACUCGGAACGUGCUGAAGAUCUUAAAGUACCCAUGCAAAUCUUCGUCUUUACGAUGGCUCAAAUGAUUGCUCAAACGAUACGGCCUUACGAUGGCAGGGAGGGAUCGACGAUUGAAAUCUGGGGUGAGCCGUACCCGAUUACCGACAUGGACAAAAGGUACCCCCCAGAAUUCUUCGGGAGCACUUUCAAUUCAAUAUUCCCACGGUUGAGAGUGGUGCACUUUGACUACAGACUUGCCGUUGACGGACCUGAAGAGUGGGUGAGGAGGUUCGUCGGCUCAUGUGGUGAAAAGGUUGAAACUGUAAAUUUAUGUUCUCUGGGUGAAGUGGUUGAGAGUUGGGCAGUUGGGAGGGGGGGAAAGACUGAGGCUAAUGAGGCCUCGGUGAGGAUUUGGUUGGAUGAGUCGGGUCUGACAUCGAGGUAGACAUGAUUAAGACAAUGCAAUACAAUAGCACUCCAUGUCCUUGACCUGGGAACUCUAUAUUGAUCCCGUCGUUCCCUCGUCUCUUGACCUCGUCUUUUAUACUCGAAUCUUUCGGCCCAUUUGACAUUUCAGGUUCUGGGUUUGGCCUAUAUACAGUAAAAGCUCGGGGACUACAUGACGCCACAGGCAGAUUCGUCCUGCCGCUCAGUUUCCCAGUUGUAUCGACCGUACUAGCAGUAUUUUCCCUCCUCUAUCGUGGGCUCCGAUCCGUCGUAUCUUCUCGGUGGGACUCUCCGUUAUACAUGGCCAACUUGUGGCGACAGUUGCGGCAGGAAACCUCGGAGAGCCCACACCGCUAGACGGAUCUCGAAUGGCAAGCACAAUUCGGAGACGCAUUGCUAUCUAAACGCCCUUCGGAAUAUGAAUUAUCUGGGUUACUUGAAUCUAGGAUCCUGUACUACUCGGGCGUACGCCCGUUGAUGUAGUAAUGACGGGACUCAGUGCGCUUACAACAUAUUCAUAUUCUACAUGGUUCCAGAUGAGGUACAUGGACAGAAC